CCCUCCCUCCCCCUGCCUUCUCCUUUCCUCCCCCUUCCUCUCGCCCUCCCUCUCUCCCUCCCCUCCUUCCUCCCUCCCUCUCUCCCUCUUCCUCCAUCCCCCCUCCCUCCGGCGUUGGUGCCGCUGUGUCCGCAGCUGAUGGUGCCGGCCUCGUCGAACCUGCGGGUGGUCGUUCCCGAGCUGGCUUGCCGCAGGAGGCAGGACACCCUUAUCAACAUCUGCAGCGUGCCCUCGCUCGGCGGCAGCCCGCUGUUCCGGGCCCGCGUGUCCGAGGGCGAGCGCGCGGCGCCGGGAGCCCGAGGCAUCUACCUCGAGACGCUCGAGGGAGACCAGCAGUUCGCGUGGGUCUCGACGGAGGAGCUGUGGUCGAGCCCUGGCGGAACGGCGCCGAAGCUGCUCAUCAUGAGGCCCGACGGGCUCCAGUUCGCGACCAUGAAGAAGAACAACCGCGGGGACUACGUUGUCAUGUGCGGACUCGACGUGCUGGCGGUCUUCUCCGCGGUCUCCCAGGCCCGCGAGGCCCGCGCCGUCAGCGGCCAGGGCCGGCUCCUGGCCCAGAUCCAGCGCGGGGUCCAGGGCUUCUGCGAGGUGACCACGUCGCCGGACAUCGACGCGGGCCUCAUCAUCCUGGGCUUGCUCGCGAUCGACAAGUGCGAGAGGGCCGCCUAGCAACGGGUCCCACCUGCGGGCAUGAGCCGCGGGUCGCCAACGUCGACGUCGUCGCAGUCCGCCAGCGAGGAAGAGGGAGGGGCAGGGGCACCCCGGGGCCCUGCAGGCCGCCGGCCCUGAAGCCAUGCGCCCCCUGCCACCGGUUUAAAGCGGCCGCGCCGCACUGGUUUUAAUUCGCCGCUGCCGUGUUGGGCACGGCGCCCGCCUCUUCCGAGGCGGCGCAGCGGGCCGUUCCGCGUGUCAAGGCCGAUCCUCAGGACGCCCCAGUGCAAUCACGGGAGACUGUUUCUUCGAUCGUCGAGAGGACGCCCGCGCUGCACCAGCCGCCUGCCGCCGGAGUUGGGCGCUCGCGCGUGCCGCAGCGCGUCGGCUUGGCCGCCUGCUGCGC